GUAGGGCUGACCAGCUACAUUAUUGCAAUUAUUAUCAAAUAAAGGUUGAUUGUUUGAAGAAAUGACAAAGUAUCUCCUGAUUGGUUAGAAUUUCCACCACAAUGUGCAGUAACAAUGUUAGACCAGACUCAUAGUACAGAAUGAAUGACUGACUGCCCAGUUCAACGUCAGUUCACGGUCUCACCUCAUACAGUAUUGGAGCAGCAGCAGAUGACUUGAUCGUUGAUGCUAAUCAGCAUAUUUGAAUCUGAGAGCAACGAGAGCCGACUACACUCUAAAAAUGAAGGGUUCAACUGGAGUUGUUCUCAGAUCCCCUAAGAACCGUAGGGUUCUUGUCAAUGAAAAACAACCCCAAAAGGUUCUUCAAAUGACUUGUUAGAAGGUGGGUUCAUCGAGGAACCUCCGUUGUUGCUGGACUUCUUCCGGAAACUUCGCAAUUACAACUGAAAACGCUGGUGGCAAGUUUGGAUGCGACAACAGUUAAAAAGGACAGAACAUGGACACAAUGCAAUUGGGAUCAAGAAGGUACAUGAAGAUGUUCUCAGAAAUGAAUCAAGUCCAUAGAAUGGAUAUAGACAAAAAGAGAAUUCAAGGACUAGCAGAGGUAGAGAGGUGAGGCAGGGGUGAGGACAUCAUCCUGCUAUUUUGACAGUCCCUGAAGGACAAUACAGAAGAGGACUGGAGACCACAGCAACGAUUCUGCUCUUGCCCUACCUCUUCAAUGAGUACCCGAGUGGCCUUUAUGUCCUUGACAAUGUAUCAUCUGUUUCUUCAUAAACAUAGAUUUCACUGCUCUUCACUCCUUUACUGCACUUUACUGUGUUCUGGGGAUAAGAGAAGUUGGGGUGAAGUUACCAGGGCCGGUCAUAAUGAUGGCAAACUAACAUAACUAAGUGGAUAGGAUAUACACACUAAAGCUGAAAAAUCUAUAUUUAGCAUCAAGUCUACAAUAUUGUUAGUUUACCUAUGAUUCAUUUUGAAUGUAUGUUGUUUUUAUUGUACAUCAUAAUUUUUAAAUUUGUUGUAAAUGUCAUGAAAAGCACUAUACAAAGUAAAUGUAGUAUUUAUUAUGGUCUGACAUGUCUGCAGAAAUGUUGCAAUUUUGUAAUGUGUUUUGAAAAUAUUAAUUCACAUUUGUGGUGCCACUAAAUUAACAAUGAAUUAUUUAAAUCAAUAUUGUUAUUAUUAUUUAAAUAUUUUUUCAUAAUGGGGAAGUGUGGACAGGGGGAUUAAAAAAAAUUAACCCCAAAAGCUUAUUCGAGGAACUUAUAGGGAUUCCCACAAAAGGUUAUUCAAAUUACUUUUAGUGGCUCCCCCAGUUUCAAUUUGAAGAACCCCUAAGGAUACUCCAGUAACCUUUACUUUUUACAGUGUAUAUUGAUAAAAGUCACCUUGUCCGAGAGACAUUUACAUAGUUAUACACAGCCCAAUAUUGGAUGACUAUUUUGGGGCGAAAUAGUACAUUUUUACACUAUAAUAAAUGUUUCUGAUGCCACAUCGCCCGUUUUCAAAGGGAGUCGUUGGUUUUUAGGGGCGGUCGCUUUUUAGCUUUUUGUCCUUCAGUUUUUUCUCAACUCUGAUACCAACUCCAGUCAGCAGAUGGCGAUGUUCGUCUUUCAGGUGAUUCUGCCACUGGGACGUAUAAUCUCGUGGACGGAACGCUUCUUCAAAAACAACAGCUAGUCAGACACCUUGGUACCUUGCUAGGCAAAACAGCCGAAACAUUGAAGUUAUUUGGACUGUGUCGGUGUAUAGCCACUGUGUAAUUACCAGCAUUAUAUCGUAUCUACUUUUAAUUUCAUAUUUAAAUUGUUGUUAGUCAGCUAAUUUAGUUGGCUUGAUAAAUUAGCCUAGCACUACGCUAAUGCUAGCUAGCUAUUAUCCCCUACCAUGAGUUGCUCACUAAACUUCUCCCCUCCUGCUAAAGAAGAUGGAGUCUGCUGGACUGAGAAAGAAGCUCUGGGGCUGAACGUUUUCGUGAAAGAGGAGGAUGUCACAGUAAAACAAGAAGUAGAGGGUGAGGCUGUUACCGUGAAAGAAGAAGAGAAAGAAGUUACAGUGAAAGAAGAGGAAGACGUGUUCAGAGUGAAGGAGGAGGAGGAUGUAACAGUAAAAGAAGGGGAGAAAGAGGAGGAUGUAGUUCUUGAAGUGAAGGAGGAGGAGGAGGAGACAGAAGGAGAGAGAUGGGCCUAUCGUGGAUUCUCUGGGGAGCCUCAACAACAUGAUGCUGACGAGGCAGAGAAGAGUCUCUCCACAUCAGGACACCUCAAGAAACACCAUCAGAGACCCACAGGAAAGAAAUCUCACUGCUGCUCUGACUGUGGGAAACGUUUCAAAUCUUCAUCAGAACUUAAAAAACACCAGAGAAUUCACACAGGAGAGAAGCCUUAUAGCUGUGAUCAGUGUGGCAAGAGUUUUACUCAGUCAAGCCACCUGGUAUCACACCAGAGAACACACACAGGAGAGAAGCCUUAUAGCUGUGAUCAUUGUGGCAAGGGUUUUACUCAGUCAACCAACCUGGUAUCACACCAGAGAACACACACAGGAGAGCAGCCAUAUAGCUGUGAGCAAUGUGGGAAAAACUUUUCUCGGAGAGAACACCUUAAAGAGCACCAGAGAACACACACAGGAGAGAAACCUUAUAGUUGUGAUCAAUGUGGGAAAAGCUUUUCUCAGAUAGAACACCUUAAAGGACACCAGAGAACACACACAGGAGAGAAGCCUUAUAGCUGUGAUGUAUGUGCAGAUAGUUUUACUACAUCAAGCCAGCUGGUAGUACACCAGCGAGUACACACAGGAGAGAAACCUUAUAGCUGUAGUCAGUGUGGGAAGAGUUUUACUCAGUCAAACAGCCUGAAAUCACACCAGAGAACACACACAGGAGAUAAACCUUAUAGCUGUGAUCAAUGUGACAAGAGAUACUCUCAUUCAAGUGGUCUGAUUAAACAUCAGAAAAUACAUGCAGGAGAUCCACAGAGUGUAGAAUGAUCUCCAACACCAGACCUGGGUAGUAGAACACAGAGUGUAGAAUAAUCUCCAACACCAGACCUGGUUGUAGAACACAGAAUGUGGAAUGAUCUCCAACACCAAAUCUCUAUACAUCAAAUCACAUUUUAUUUGGCACAUACACUUGUUUAGCAGAUGUUAUUGCGGGUGUAGCGAAACGCUUGUGUUUCUAGCUCCAACAGUCCAGUAAUAUCUAACAAGUAAUAUCUAACAAUACACACAAUCUAAAGGAAGGGAAUUAAGAAUAUAUAAAUAUUUGGACGAGUGAUGUCAGUGCGACAAGGUUUAUCUGAGACAGUAGAAUAGAAUAGAAUAGAAUAGAAUACAGUAUAUACAUAUGAGAUGAGUAAUGCAUAGACUAAGAUACAGUAGAAUAGGAUAUAAUACAGUAUAUAUACAUAUGAGAUGAGUAAUACAUAGACUAAGAUACAGUAGAAUAGGAUAGAAUACAAUAAAUACAUAUGAGAUGAGAAAUGCAUAGACUAAGAUACAGUAGAAUAGGAUAGAAUACAGUAUAUCCAUAUUAGAUGAGUAAUGCAUAGACUAAGAUACAGUAGAAUAGGAUAGAAUACAGUAUAUCCAUAUUAGAUGAGUAAUGCAUAGACUAAGAUACAGUAGAAUAGGAUAGAAUACAGUAUAUCCAUAUUAGAUGAGUAAUGCAUAGACUAAGAUACAGUAGAAUAGGAUAGAAUACAGUAUAUCCAUAUUAGAUGAGUAAUGCAUAGACUAAGAUACAGUAGAAUAGGAUAGAAUACAGUAUAUACAUAUGAGAUAAGUAAUGCAAAAUAUGCAAACAUUAUUAAAGUUUCCAAGUCUAUGUGUAUAGGCAGUAAGUAGCCUCUAAUGUGCUAGUGAUGGCUAUUUAACAGUAUUUAACCGUCUGAUGGCCUUGAGAUAGAAGCUGUUUUUCAGUCUCUCUGUCCCAGCUUUGAUGCACCUGUUCUGACCACACCUUCUGGAUGAUAACGGGGUGAACAGGCAGUGGCUCGGGUGAUUGUUGUCCUUGAUUAUCUUUUUGGCAUUCCUGUGAAAUCGGGUGCUGUAGAUGUCCUGGAGGGCAGGUAGUUUGCCCCCCGGUGAUGCAUUGGGCAGACCGCAUCACUGGGGUAGUUGCAGGCUGUAUCAGUUGCUGUGCCAGGCGGUGAUACAGCCUGACAGGAUGCUCUCAAUUGUGCAUCUGUAAAAGUUUGUGAGGGUUUUAGGUGCCAAGCCAAAUUUCUUCAGCCUCCUGAGAUUGAAGAGUCGCUGUUGCACCUUCUUUACCACGUUUCUGUGUGGGUGGACCAUUUCAGUUUGUCCGUGAUGUGUACGACGAGGAACUUUAAACUUUCCACCUUCUCCAUUGCGUCCCAUCAAUGUGGAUAGGGGGUGCUCCCUCUGCUGUUUCCUGAAGUCCACAAUCAUCUCCUUUGUUUUUUUGACGUUGGGCGAGAGGUUAUUUUCCUGGCACCACACUCCCAGGGCCCUCACCUCCGCCCUGUGGGUUGUCUCAUCAUUGCUGGUAAUCAGGCCUACUACUGUUGUGUCGUCUGCAAACUUGAUUAUUGAGGUGUGCAUGGCCAUGCAGUCAUGGGUGAACAGGAAGUACAGGAGGGGGCUCAGCACCCAUCCUUGUGGGUAUCAGCGACGUGGAGGUGUUUUUUCCUACCUUCACCACCUGGGGGUGGCCCGUCAGGAAGUCCCAAGUUCAGACCCAGGGUCUCAAGCUUAAUGAAGGGCUCGAAGGGUACUAUGGUGUUGAAUGCUGAGCUGUAGUCAAUGAACAGCAUUCUUACAUAGGUAUUCCUCUUGUCCAGAUGGGAUAGGGCAGUGCGAUAGUGAUUCUAUCGUCUGUGGAUCUAUUGAGGCGGUAAGCAAAUUGAAGGGGUCUAGGGUAUCAGGUAAGGUAGACGGUGAUAUAUCAUCCUUGACUAGUCUCUCAAAGCACUUCAUGAUGACGGAAGUGAGUGCUAUAGGGCGAUAGUGAUAUAGUUCAGUUACCUUUGCUUUCCGGGCUCUAGAGUGGCGAAACAGUUUAAGGCACUGCAUCUCAGUGCGAGAUUUGUUACUACAGUCCCUGGUUUGAAUCCAGGCACUCAAUAAGCACAGCAUCGUCCGGUUUUGGCCGGGGUAUGCCGUUAUUGUAAAUAAGAAUUUGUUCUUAACUGACUUGCCUAGUUAAAUAAAAAAAAUAUUGGGUACAGGAACAAUGGUGCACAAGGAUGAUGACUCAUAUGUCUAGAAUCAGACGACGUAGAGAACAAGCUACCCCUUGUUUUCACCAUUCCGUUUCCAAAAAGUGACUCAAAAUAUGUAUUUGAGAAUGGUCUAUCUGCUGACCGCAGACUGGGGGGCACGGCAUGUAAUGAUUUUCGUGUAGUGAUGAUUUACUACACACCGUGCCCCCCAAUAGUGCCAUGCGAGAGUUGGGUUGGCUACACCAAAGAUUAUGGAUAUACUGACAAGAAGUCUCUCCGCCCUGACAAGGGGAGUCGUUGUCCAUAAAGCGGCACUGCGGGUUGUCUAGCUUCCGCCUAUCCUUUCUUUGGAUUUGGAUACUUCUUAUUAUUGUAAUAAUUUUGUAAAUUUUUUUUACGAGGGUUGUUGACGUCAACCGCCUGUAUUCAAUGGGGAGUAGAGGUCGGCCAAUUAUUAUUUUUCAAUGCUGAUACCAAUUAAUCAGCCGAUUAAAAAAAAAAAAAAAUGUAUUUGUAAUAAUGACAAUUACAACAAUACUGUAGCGACCUGCACAGACAGCUGUGUGUUAUGUGUUAGGCUAGUAGGUGGUUGUGUUGUACUUACCAGUACCCAGUGUUCGCGGGGUCCGACAUGCCAAUCAACCUGCUAUCUGCCAAUCACGGGAAUGCCUGGAAUGUUCUGAUGCCCAGCAUCCUGGCGGUUGGUGGAGUGGCGUGGAGGGGGGUUGGGCAGGGGGAUGGAGCAUUGGAAGUUAAGACCAGGUUUCGCCUUUGUUCUCUCUCUUACGUCUGGGCUUCACAAGACAAGGUCACGAUUAGCUUGUGGGUUAUCUUUAAUUUAUUUGGCGUGGGCUACGGCCAAACAGUAGCCUGUGUAAAGUUGGUUUAAUAAACCGGCAAUUCGUAAAUUCAAAACUCUGUCUGGACAAUUGUUCCUUUAUGAUCUAGUCAGGUCAUUACAAUACUGAAUGAACACUUAUUUUAACUUAAUAUAAUACUUCAAUAAAAUCAAUUUAGCCUCAAAUAAAAUUUGGUUUAAAUAAUGCAAAAACAAAGUGUUGGAGAAGAAAGUAAAAGUGCAAUAUGUGCCAUGUAAGAAAGCGAACGUUUAAGUUCCUUGCUCAGAACAUGAGAACAUAUGAAAGCUGGUGGUUCCUUUUAACAUGAGUCUUCAAUAUUCCCAGGUAAUAAGUUUUAGGUUGUAGUUAUUAUAGGAAUUAUAGGACUAUUUCUCUCUAUACGAUUUGUAUUUCAUAUACCUUUGACUAUUGGAUGUUCUUAUAGGCACUUUAGUAUUGCCAGUGUAACAGUAUAGCUUCCGUCCCUCUCCUCGCUCCUACCUGGGCUCGAACCAGGAACACAUCGACAACAGCCACCCUCGAAGCAGCGUUACCCAUGCAGAACAAAGGGGAACAACUACUCCAAGUCUCAGAGCAAAUGACGUUUGAAACGCUAUUAGCGCGCACCCCGCUAACUAGCUAGCCAUUUCACAUCGGUUACACCAGCCUAAUCUCAGGAGUUGAUAGGCUUGAAGUCAUAAACAGCGCAAUGCUUGGAGCAUUGCGUAGAGCUGCUGGCAAAAUGCACGAAAGUGCUGUUUGAAUGAAUGCUUACGAGCCUGCUGCUGCCUACCAUCGCUCAGUCAGACUGCUCCAUCCAAUCAUAGACUUAAUUAUAACAUAAUAACACACAGAAAUGCGAGCCUUAGGUCAUUAAAAUGGUCGAAUCCAGAAACUAUCAUCUCAAAAACAAAAUGUUUUUUCUUUCAGUGAAAUACGGAACCGUUCUGUAUUUUAUCGAACGGGUGGCAUCCCUAAGUCUAAAUAUUCCUGUUACAUUGCACAACCUUCAAUGUUAUGUCAUAAUUAUGUAAAAUUCUGGCAAAUUAGUUCGCAACGAGCCAGGCGGCCCAAACUGCUACAUAUACCCUGACUCUGCGUGCUAUGAACGCAAGAGAUGUGACACAAUUUCACCUGGUUAAUAUUGCCUGCUAAACUGGAUUUCUUUUAGCUAAAUAUGCAAGUUUAAAAAUAUUGAUUUUAAGAACGGCAUUGAUGUUUAUGGUUAGGUACAGUCGCGCAACGAUUGUGCUUUUUUCGCAAAUGUGCUUUUGUUAAAUCAUCCCCCGUUUGGCAAAGUUGGCUGCUUUUGUUAGGAAGAAAUAGUCUUCACACAGUUCGCAACGAGCCAGGCGGCCCAAACUGCUGCAUAUACUCUGACUUUGCAAGAGAAGUGACACAAUUUCCCUAGUUUAAAGAAAUUCAUGUUAGCAGGCAAUAUUAACUAAAUAUGCAGGUUUAAAAAAUAUAUACAGUGGGGCAAAAAAGUAUUUAGUCAUAUCUUUUAUACUGAUAACAAGUUCAAACAGGUGGCAUUAAUACAGGUAACGAGUGGAGGACAGAGGAUCCUCUUAAAGAAGAAGUUACAGGUCUGUGAGAGCCAGAAAUAUUGCUUGUUUGUAGGUGACCAAAUACUUAUUUUCCACCAUAAUUUGCAAAUAAAUUCAUUAAAAAUCCUACAAUGUGAUUUUCUGGAUUUUUUUUCUCAUUUUGUCUGUCAUAGUUGAAGUGUACCUAUGAUGAACAUUACAGGCCUCUCUCAUCUUUUUAAAUGGGAGAACUUGCACAAUUGGUGGCUGACUAAAUACUUUUUUGCCCCACUGUACUUGUGUAUUGAUUUUAAGAAAGGUAUUGAUGUUUAUGGUUCGGUACACGUUGGAGCAACGAUAGUCCUUUUUCGCGAAUGCGCACCGCAUCGAUUAUAUGCAACGCAGGACACGCUAGAUAAACUAGUAAUAUCAUCAACCAUGUGUAGUUAACUAGUGAUUAUGAUUGAUUGUUUUUUAUAAGAUAAGUUUAAUGCUAGCUAGCAACUUACCUUUGCUUCUUACUGCACUCGCAUAACAGGCAGGCUCAUCGUGGAGUGCAAUGUAAGGCAGGUGGUGAGUGCGUUGGACUAGUUAACCGUAAGGUUGCAAGAUUGAAUCCCCGAGCUGACAAGGUUUUUAAUCUGUCGUUCUGCCCCCUGAACAAGGCAGUUAACCCACCGUUCCUAGGCCAUCGUUGAAAGUAAGAAUGUGUUCUUAACUGACUUAGGUGUGAAAUAUAUAUAUAUUUUUUAAAUGGCCAAAUCAGUGACCAAAAAUACUAUUUUCCAAGUGUUAUGAAAACUUGAAAUCGGCCCUAAUUAAUCGGCCAUUCCAGUCGACCUCUAAUGGAGAGAGAUGCUAAGCUACUAGCCUCAUGACAUGAAUAUGCAUAGCGAUCUGGAGACAACUCCUAUAGUGUUUUUUUUACACACCAUUCUAAACAGUCCCCUGGUAUAGGUUCAUAUCUGACAGAGAUGAACACACCGUUCUAUACAGUCCACCUGAUAGAGUUUCAUAUCUGACAGAUGAAAAUCUCUGUUAGAAACUUAGAAAGAGGGGGAGUCUAAAGCUGCAACAACUAGGAUUGUGCCUUUGGCUUCUGGACAACGAAAUAAAGUUGAUAUGAAAACCAAUAGAACAGGAGAGAAAUGACAUAGUGGUGGGUCCAAUAGAACAGGAGAGAAAUGACAUAGUGGUGGGUCCAAUAGAACAGGAGAGAAAUGACAUAGUGGUGGGUCCAAUAGAACAGGAGGGAAAUGGCAUAGUGGUGGGUCCAAUAGAACAGGAGAGAAAUGGCAUAGUGGUGGGUCCAAUAGAACAGGAGAGAAAUGGCAUAGUGGUGGGUCCAAUAGAACAGGAGAGAAAUGGCAUAAUGGUGGGUCCAAUACGGAAGUAAAUUAAAUUUAAUUUGCCCAAAUGAGGAAGCUGGGAUAAUUAGCUUCUUUAAAAAAAAAGAUGCUGUGUAUGGUUUCAAAUCAACAGCUUGUAGGCUUAUACCUAUUUGGGCAAUGUGUGUGGCAUUAGGCCUGGCUGAUUAUUGAGUUGCGGCUGUCAGUGAAAAUGAUCUCAAAUAUGUGUGAAGAUAAUGUCUCUUGAAUAUAAUUGAAAAUGUUGAGUCAAGAAAAAGGGGAGGGUUGUCUGGUGAAGAUAUAGGUGAGUCUCUCUUCAGAAUGUCCUCCGCUGGCUUCCACCAAUUCUUGCUCCUUCAUUGUUUCAUUGUGUGAAUUGAUUGCCUUUAGAUUGAGUUUAUUAUAUCAAUUCCCCAUUACAAAUGUCACCAGUAGUAAAUGUACCGUUACUUCCUGUCAUUUGGUUACAUUCAUUUCUGUUAAUGCAUGUAUUAAUUACAGUCAUUUUACCGUUGUCAUUCUCGGAGUGGAAACGUUAUCUGUUCAAAACCUGCUACACUUGUGAGAAACCAGUUUUGGUUUAUUUCAGAGCCAUCAUUUACAACAUUUGUCCAUUUUUUCAUUGUCUUUGUUUGGAGUGCUUCAUGUGAGCAAUGAUCAUGUCUGGUUUCUC